AUGUCCAAUGAGGCCAAGGCGUUCAUCUCCAAGCUGGGCGACGCCUUCCACCCGGACUUUAAUGGAAUUGACCACGAUCACGACGGGAAGCUUUCCAAGGACGAGAUUAUCGCUGACCUGACCCAGAAGGAGAUGGUCGAUGUCGACAGGGUCAAGGCCUCCGAUCUUCCCGAGGACAUCAAGAAGAACGUGGUGGCGCUACUGGAGGGAAAACUCAAGAGCGACAGCGACUGUGCCAGACAGGCGCUGGAUCAACGCCAAGUUGCCGUGUCUCGAGAAGACCACGAGAUCUUCUACUACCUGCUGGACGUGUUCUGCCCCCGAGUCACCAUUGCUGUCAUGCCGCCGGACCAACUGGAGGAGGGAAUUCCGACCGAGAACCAGCAAACUGUUGAAAUCCCGACGCCCGAUGGAGAUCUUGAUCCCGAACGCCGAAGGUGA